AUGCGAACCAAGUUUCUUAGACAAUAUAUGCAGGAGAUACGUUCAUCUAGUCGAAGACCAAUUGCGUUCAUGGAUGAGACAUGGAUUUAUUCAAAGGGAAACCCCGGAAAGUCAUGGCAAGAUGAAGAUUUAAAAAGUGUGCGAAAACCUGCAGGUUACGAUGGGAAAAGAUUUAUUAUUGUCCAUGCUGGUACAAGCACCGGGUUUAUACAGAACGCUUCUCUUUUAUUUGCCUCGAAGUCGUUGAAAGAGGACUAUCAUGGGGAAAUGAAUGGAGAUCUCUUUAAGAAAUGGCUUAUCAAUAAUCUGUUAAACAACUUGGAAGAGCCUUCGUUAAUUGUCAUCGAUAAUGCACCAUACCACUCUACAUUAGUAGAGAAACUGCCCACAUCGUCUUGGACUAAAGGUGAUAUGGUUGCUUGGUUGACCAGAAGAAAUAUUCCUUUUGAUUCUACACUCUUCAAGCCCGAGCUGUAUUCAUUUAUAAAAUCGUUAGGAAUCCAAAAACAAUAUGAGGUCGACAACAUCAUUAGGAACCAUGGACAUGAUGUUUUACGAUUACCACCCUACCACUACGAAUUUAAUGCUAUCGAGUUGGUGUGGGCACAUGCUAAAAGUUAUUACGAUAAACAUAUAUAA